AUGAGCAGUCAUUCCAGACUUACAUCACGCAUCUUCAAACCAGCACCUCGGAAAAAGUUACACAUUUUUUGCGACGAACAAAGCUACGCUGAUAAUUUGAGUCGCCUGUACAUAUACAAUCAGCUGGACGCAAAAAACACAAACGAAAAAAACGCAUAUAGAGAAAAUGUAAAUAAAUUUGUGGGGAAAGUAUCAGCACAUUUAAAAAUUAACAGAGGGAAUAGUAACAUCAUAUUUUCGGUUCCCACCUUUUUGGACAUUUUUUUCUUUAAUUAUUUCAAAUUUAAUCACAAGUCGAAAUUAGUGUUUCUGUACAGCUACGUAAACAAAUUGUAUGAGUUAAAUGAAAGGGGAAAAAAAGACAUCACCAUUCAUCAACAAAAGGUUAAUUGUCACUCCCGCGCCAUUAUCCCUCUAACUAACAGAACAACCUUCAUACUGGACAUACUAAACCAAAUACACAAUUUAAAGGAUUUGUCAAUUCUUAUUUGUAUUAUAAGAAAAGCAUCUUCGUUCCACACAUUUGAUUGCUCCAAAAUAUUAGACGCACUGUUGAGAAAAAUUUAUUCACAUGUUAUCAAUUUCUCCGUGGCAGUGAAACCCAACUGUGCAAAUGUGAGGCACUUCCCGUCCCUAACCCUAAUCGAUAAGAAUAAAAUAGAACAAAUCGAAACCGUAAAGAUAAGGGACCUUCUUUAUACUUUCUACCAACUUGUCUACCUCCAGCCGGGACAGAAAAUCCAAUUUAUUUUUUUAAAAAUUCUGGCCAUCCUUGGCAAAAAUUACGCGCACCUUGCCAAAAAUUACGCAUACCUUGGGAGGGACGACCAUGCCGCCUGGGGGGAAGCAACAGACGAAACGAAUGCGAGCAACCUCUUGCUCUCGAACAAAGACAUAGAGCAACUCUUGUUCCUACUCAGUAAAAAUACCCACCUGAACGGACACUUUAUGCACCCCCUAGUUAUGCACUUCUAUGUGAAGCUCUUCGCGCUGGAUCCCGCAGUCACAUACUCUAUCAAAUUAAUUAAACAAAAUAGUAAAACCAGUUAUGCCUUCUGCCCGAUUUCUACGUUCCCACAGAGUACUUCAUCCUACCUCAAAUUUAUAAAAAAAACUGAUGUGAAAAAUUUCUUCCACACUUUCUAUCAAGCGCUAUGUAUCAAAUAUUUGUUAAAAAGAAAAAUAAAUUUUUGUGAAAAUCUGAGCAGCUGUGACCAUUCUCCAUACUCAUGUAUGACUCACUCACCUUGUCUGACUCAUUUUGUACUUUACCAAAAUAUAGUUAAUAAAAUAAUCGCCCGGUCUUUUUAUCUCUAUCAAGCGAAAAUCAAUCCAAAGGGAAAAUACACUCACAAAUGGGUCUACACAACUGCAAACAGUGCACGCCAAAAAUAUGAAAAAAAUUACAUCUAUGACUUUACCAAUUGUAAGUUUUUUUAUUUAAUAUAUAUCAGAGCAAUAAUAAGAGGAAGAAGAACGGGGAAACCACUCGCAAAACGCGUACCACGUGGUCUGCGCCAAAAAGAAGCAAUGCAGAAAUUAUAA